GGUGGCGGUUUUUUUGGUGGUGAUGGUGAACGGGAGAGGCGAAGAGGACAUUAGCUCGGUUGAGAGGGCAAUACGUUAAGGGUGGAGAACAAAAAGAGAAAAACCAUUAUACACUGUUUAUUGGAUUUUUAUCAACAAGAAAUGAUUAAAUAAUGACUAUUAUU